GGUUGCACUCUUUUCUUGUCUAUCCACUCCAAAUUUCGAUGCUGAGUCUAGCCACUCCCCUUGGAAAUCUACACGCAUCUACCGCUCGUUUCGAUAUUCAAAUAUCUACCGCUCUUUUUUCGCGUCCUCCAUCUCAACAACUUUGACAUAUUCUCUUCCUAUCCAGACAUGAUAUGAUUUCGUUGUUCUCGUGGUUGGUUACCUUGAGUGUAAUCUCUGGCGUGCUAUCCACCAUCGUGAUUUUCGGGGACCUCCCUACCUUCCGGAACACUCCCUUGCAAAGAGCACGAUCGGCAAUUCUCAGCGUCGGAAAACUAUACCGUUUCCUCAAUGAACGCUAUUUCAAGGAACGACUCCUGUCCUAUAUGGGCUACUUUGUACCCCUCGGAUAUUUGGCCGUAGUCACCUUUUGCAUUCAACAGUUCCUCAAAAAAACUCUAACGAUUUUAUUCACCAUCAACAAUUCAAAAUUGAUGACAUACUACAUUGCAUUCACCAUUGCCCUAGUUUAUGUAGCAACAAUAUUAGCAGUUUUCUCUGACCCUGGAAGGGUCACAUCCAAUUCUGAUACAUCCCACUUCAAAAACAACCAGCUCAUAUUUUUCGACCAUAAGGUUUGUUCCACUUGUCAUAUCACUAAGCCUGCUCGUUCCAAGCAUUGUUCCACCUGUGGACACUGCUAUAUGCUUUUUGACCAUCAUUGUGUCUGGGUUAACAAUUGCAUCGGCUAUUACAAUUACAGGUGGUUCCUUCUCUUUUUGGUUGCAAAUAUCAAUUUUCUAGCCUAUGGAGACUAUCUCUGCUGGAAAGUCAUACUGUCGCAGAAAGUGAGAUGGGGCAAAUCAUUCUGGAUGUUGAUCAGAACGACAAACGACGUCAAUAGAAUAACAGGAAUAUUUGUAUUGUUGUGUUCUAUCUUUUUUUGCAUCACUGUUUUGUUCACGGGUUUGCAUUUGCGUUAUAUAUAUUUGGGAGUCACUACCAAUGAGCUUGACAAAUGGUCCGAUGUAGAGUAUCUCGUCACACUCGGCUCAUUGUACCAUAUUGAAAAUGGUUUCAUUGACAAUGAGUCCUAUGUUGAGAAGGUUAUCUUGCAAUCUCGUGAAGAGGUAUUCAUCAGUCUUAAGAAUAACGAGAUCCUCAUCAAUCGCGAUAAUUUACCACGAUUUGAUUUAAGAAAGGUUGAAUCGGUUGAACGUGAUUUGAUCAAUAUUUAUGACCGUGGAUUCUGGAAUAAUCUUAUGGAACGUUUAUUCCCGCAGUAGUCGGGCUUGGCGCAGUGAUACCUAAACGUUUAUAGACAAUAUACGGAAUUGAUAUAGAUUCGAUUUUGCGACCGCUAGUAGCCUGUUCGUCAGUCUCGCAGUUGCUAGUGAUGUCAUAGUUCUCCUUAACAAACUUUUUGUUGAACUGAUGAAUAGCAUGCUCGUUGACCGUCGUGAGUUGGCAAAGGACAGCAAUAAACAUAUCUCUGUUCAGCGGAUCAAAAAAACGUUCCUGCUUAUUCUUAACAUUGUACAAGAAUAGAUGGAACAAGUGUAUACUCUUGGAAUUGUAUUCUGCAAACCGGGCUUUCAACAGGUUGGUUAUCAUGACAUUAUUAGUAUUAAAGUUUUCUAGGAGAAAAUGGGCACAUAGUCUCUCUUUCUUAGUCACCUUUGGCUCGGGUUUAGUGGUAUCUGGAACUACUAAUGGUUUCAGUAUUGUUGCCUUAACUUCCUUGGUUUCUUGUUCUUUGUGUAAAAGCUUCGUGUUCAUGGAUUCAACUUGUUGGCUUAGUAGAGCUUCUUUCAGUUCUGCUUGAAGUGGGUCAUAUUCAUUGUCAUCAUAGUAAGAAUUUUUGGUUACAAAUGGUGUAAUUACGGCUUUUGGGGAAGACUGUUCUCUGGAUUCUGUUAGUUUCUGCUGUGCUUUGGAUAUGGCCAGCUUUAGUUUGAUUUUGAGGUCCGAGUUAUUCUUCUGCUUCAACUUUAGUUUGGACUGUUUCUUCUUUUUCUUGUUGAUAGUGAUUUGCUCAUAUAUGUCUACUUCCUCAUCCUCGUAUUCAGAAAGUGUAUUCUGAUUUUGU